AUCAUGGGUGGUGGAGACGAAGAGUGGAGAAAAAUGGCAGACACACACAAAAUGAGUCCAGAGCAAGUGAAAGCAGCUGGGGUAGAAACGUCAAAGAGACCUCCAGGUCAUGGUCCUGGUCCUGCUGGUGGAACCCUUCACCAGACAAAAUCACUUCCUUUCAGCUUCACAACCAUGGCUCUAGCAGGUUUGCUUAUUACAGGUGCUGUGGGAUAUGGUGUCUUGUAUGCAAAGAAGAAGCCUGAGGCCAGUGCUAUGGAUGUAGCAAAAGUAGAAGUGGGAGUUGCAAAGCCAGAGGAGACUCGCCCUAGGAAAUAGCUAUCAAUAUGCCUGCCAUAUAUAUGAGUUCUUGUGAAUUUUUUAGUUCAGGGUCGGGGUUGGUUUCUUUUUUCAUUUUAAAAAUUUCACUUUUUGUGUUUUAAGGGGAGUUGUUGAACGGUGGGGGGCUGAAGGUUUUUACCAGUAAUCCAAUUUCACCACACUGGAUAUGAACUAAUGACUUGUUCUUCUUCAUACGUACAUGCUAAUAUUAUA